UUCCCACAUGCAUUCAUCCCGGUAACAGUCUUAGCGUGCUGUAGUAGUCUGAGCGCAGCUCACAGGCAGACGGCAUGACCACAGUGUGCUGGAGCAGCCCACAGCCUCUCAUGUAGCCCACUGCUGCGAUCGCAAACUCACACACACAUGCACUUACACACCAAGACACGCUCAGUUGCUCUUCAGGGACACUAAGAGAUUACCAGAGCAAAGAAGAUUUUACUUUUGAAGGUUGUUUUUUUAUUUCAUUUUCUUUAUUUCUUCAAUUUUUUAUUUUUUUUUUCUGUUACCCCCCACCCUUUGUCGGGUUCAGGGGUGGUGGCACAUCCUCAAAAGGGCUGCAUGAAUGACACAACGCAAAGGCGAGAAGACGACCAUCAGUAUCCAGGAGCACAUGGCCAUUGAUGUAUGUCCAGGUCCCAUUCAGCCCAUCAAGCAGAUAUCUGACUAUUUCCCCCGUUACCCACGGGGUCUCCCCCCCACAGCUCCCCCAGCCCUCAGCCGCACCGGCUCCCUGAGGAGCACCUCCACCAGCCAGAAGUCAGAGGGCCCGGCCACAGACCCCAAACAGGAUGAGGACGACCUGGACCAAGCUUUCGGCGCCACCGCACUUGUGGCCAGCAAGAAAGAGGAAGAGCCAGACGUGGAAGGCUACGAUUCAGACGACUCCACUACGCUCGGCACUCUGGACUUCAGCCUUCUGUAUGAUCAGGAGAACAAUGCCCUGCACUGCACUAUCAACAAAGCCAAGCUUCCUAUUCCCAGAUACAAAAAGGGACUCAAACCAAUGGAUCACAAUGGGCUGUCAGAUCCCUAUGUUAAGCUGCACCUGCUGCCUGGAGCUAGUAAGGCCAAUAAGCUCCGCACCAAGACCCUACGCAACACUCUCAAUCCUGUCUGGAGUGAGACCCUGACGUAUUAUGGGAUAACUGAUGAAGAUAUGGUUCGCAAAACACUCAGGAUUUCAGUGUGUGACGAGGACAAAUUCCGCCACAACGAAUUCAUUGGUGAAACCCGAAUCCCCUUGAAGAAACUCAAACCCAACCAGACUAAGAACUUCAGCAACUGUUUGGAGAAACAGCUUCCUAUCGACAAAACAGAUGACAAGUCUCUGGAGGAGCGAGGGCGCAUCAUGAUCUCUCUGAAGUACAGCUCUCAGAAGUGUGGCUUAGUGGUGGGCAUUAUCCGCUGUGCCCAUCUCGCUGCCAUGGAUGCCAAUGGCUUCUCUGACCCCUAUGUUAAAACGUAUCUCAAGCCAGAUGAGAACAAAAAAUCAAAGCACAAGACAGCUGUCAAAAAGAAGACCCUCAACCCUGAAUUUAAUGAAGAGUUUUUCUAUGAGAUCAAGUACGCUGACCUCAGCAAAAAGACCCUGGAGGUGACGGUUUGGGACUAUGACAUUGGAAAAUCCAAUGAUUUCAUUGGUGGACUCUCUUUAGGUAUCAAUGCCAAUGGCGAGAGGCUAAAACACUGGUUUGACUGUCUGAAAAACAAGGACAAGAAAAUCGAGCGCUGGCACACGUUAACCAAUGAACUCCCUGGUUCAGGGUACAAUGACUGAAAGGCUCUCUUUCUAGUGCUUGCACCGAUGCCCUGCCCCUUUCCUACAUGAUGUCGAUGUAAAGCCCAGCAGCCUGCGAUGGAUGGAUCAACACUCCAGCAGUGCACUGAUUUAGAGAUGGGUGCCAGUAUCUGUUCCCAACUAACACACCUGCUCUUAUCUCUUGUACUUUUCCUGGUGUUGAGCUUACAGUCUGAUUGUGUGGCUUGAUGUGGCUUUUGGGCUUAUAUAAGGGUCUUUAAUCAGCCUGUGUUUGUACAGCCUCACUGAAAAUGCAGAGAUGUUCCCACAGCCAACAAGAGAUCAGUCCCUGUCUUCAAAUAUUUAACCACACUCUACUGUUCUCUUUCUCCAUUCUCUUGGCUAUCUUCAAGGUUUAAUGUGUAUUCAAGAAUGCUGUUUACAGACAUUAGCUCUCAGUAAAUGUAUCAUUAAGCAUAUGCAUCAUGGCAGCAGAGGGGCUCUGAAAAUACACUUUCCAAAACAAUACUGUUUACAGUCCAAAACCUUUCUGAUGCCUAUCCUAAGGCCGGGGGAUAAACUACACAAUUGUAUUUAACAGACAGAUGAUUGUGAAGAUUAUAUCUGUUGAUGGAGGUUUAAAAAAAUCUUACAAAUAUAAACUCACAACAAAUAAGUGAGUUUUUGCUGCCCCCUUCUAUUACAACAGGCUAGAAUGUUUUUGUUUUUGUUGUUGUUGUUUUUUAAUUGAAUAACCUCCUAGUCAGUCUACUUAAUGAAUGUAAUUUAUCUUUUAGUUUCUGUACUCUCACUGUAAAUGAACUGUGAUAUUAAGACAGCACACAGCAGAGUUUCAAUAGCCAUUUUUCUAGAGAGGAAACCGUUUACACAGAGAAAACACAAUUGCUGAAAAAGCGCUAUUCUAGAAAUGAAGACUAUGGAUAAUACAACUUUCAUCUGGACAUUUAUCCUAAUAUUGUUUUAAUGUGUUAAUUAUCCAUUUUUGGAUUAAACACUUUGCCCAAGCCCAAUUCAUAUAUUGCAUUAAUAUCUUUUACUUAAAAUUCUUCAGUCUGUAAAUCAAAAAAAGGACUGAACAAACUAUUGUUUUGAGAUUUAUUAAUAGCAUGUUUAUCGUAUUCUUCCUUUGAGCAUUUUAAAGAUGACUAAAUAUAUUUUUUUAAAUACUGUUAAAGUCUUUUAACAUGUUAAUUUUAAUUUUGUGGCAUUAAAUUAUAACUAAUGUAUUAUUUUAACCUUUCUGUGUUAUUGCAUAUUUAGCAUGCCAUUGGUGGGUUUUGUAGAUAUUAUUAAUGUAUAUUUAACAGUUGUGUUUUUCUCCCUCAUUACCAAUAGAUUUUAUUCAUUAAGGUAAACUCUAGAUUGCAAAUAAGACUUCAGAUCUUGGCCAUUUAUUAAACACUUUGAAACUUCAAGGAGAACUCCUGUCUACAGACCUACGAUGUAUGUUCACCAACUGAGAAACCUUAUCACUCUCUGACACCGUUCAUUGUGCAAGCCACUCCUGUGACAUUUUUGUAAUCUUUUUGCUUUUGUAAACAAACUCUAUGGCAUAAAAAUGCAUGCAAUGUUUUUGGGCUGUCAUUAAAAUAACUUUGCUUAAUGUUUGAUACUGCUGUUCUCCUCUGUAAAAAGAGAGUUCCUGCUCUUGGAUGCUCCAGGAAUGUCAGCCUUCCUUCUCGGACCGUUUUUGUACUUUUGAACGCUAUCGCAUUGCCUGUCAGGUUGCUGUAUUGACUGGACAAGUGAAUGCAUGUUACAAAAAAUAAAGUCUUGUUUUGAUCAUUUUAA